AGGCUCGGUCCUCUGGGCUCUCCACUAGCCAGCUGACCAGGAAGGCCCCCCCGUGGACUGAAGCAUGAUCUCCAUCACCGAGUGGCAGAAAAUCGGUGUGGGCAUCACUGGCUUUGGCGUCUUCUUCAUCCUCUUUGGGAUUCUCCUGUACUUUGACUCCGUGCUCUUGGCUUUUGGAAAUCUGCUGUUCCUGACUGGCCUCUCCCUCAUCAUCGGCCUGAGGAGAACGUUUGCCUUCUUCUUCCAACGGCACAAGCUCAAGGGAACCAGCUUCUUCCUGGGGGGUGUCGCCAUUGUGCUGCUGCGAUGGCCCCUGCUGGGCAUGCUCCUGGAGGCCUAUGGCUUCAUUAGCCUCUUCAAGGGCUUUUUCCCUGUCGUCUUUGGCUUCCUGGGCAGUGCGUUUAACAUCCCCUUCCUGAGCACACUGUUCCAGAAGCUUCAGGGCUCCUCCAGCUCAAUGGUCUGAAGUGCCCAGGCGAGUGCCUUGAACUUGGACUGUCGGUGGGGGGGCUGGAAGGGAAACGGGGGCUAUCUUCAUGAGCCCCUCCCCAGCACUGACUUACUUACCAUGACACACGGGCAUCUCCAAGUCCAGAAGAAAGAUGGAGCUGAGUGAUCGAUCUUAAACCCUCGAGUCAUCUCAAGAGGCCGCCAGGAGCAGAGAUCCUGGCCAUGAUACCCAUCUAGGGCUGGACGAAAAAAUUCCCACCCUGACUUUCUGCAGGAGAGUGAAGAUUAAAUCCCCAAGCUGUGAAUGUAUCUGAGAUUUGGCGUUGAUGUCUGCAGCCUGAGGUAUCCAUCCCAGCCUUAGGGCAGGCCUGCAACACCACCCUCAACCCUGAUCCCACAAGAUGCUACCAAAGCGCUAAGAGUCAGACCCUGUCCUUGGUCCAUGGUUCAUGCUGGCACUGAACAUCCUGAAGGGUUUGAUGUGACUCUAAGCCUUAGUUAACAUUAGGCAACUAUGGGAACCGGCCCCACGUAGCAUCAGGAAGACUACCGCAGCCAUGAGGUGACCAUUUCCCCCACAGGGCACAACAGAUAGAGUUGGAGCAGUAACAGCCUUGUGCUGGGGAUGGGUGGUGCCACUCAGAGAAUCCAGCCUCACAGGAGCUGGUCCUCGUUCUGGGGGAGCCCCUGAUCUCAUGGUAAAAAGAGAUUUUCUUUUCUUUUGUUUUUCUGAAACAAGGUCUUAGGUUGGCCUGGAACUCACAAUCAUCCUGCCUCAAUUGUCCUGAAUGUAGGAUUAUAUGUAUGAUGCAGUAGACUGGCUUAACCAUGUAGACGGAAGAAAGAGCAUAGGCCAGGCCUUGGUAGCACACACUUGUAAUCCCAACACUUGGGAAGCAGAAUCAAACAUCUCCGAGCUCAAGGCCAGACAAGGCUACAGCAAGCCCCUGUCUCAAAUCAAUCAAAUCAAAUCAAAUCCAAACAACAACAACAACAAAAACCUCGAAGGAAGAAAGGAAAAGGAAAGACCAGAGUCACUGUGAGCAUCUAUUGAGCCCCUUCUGUUUACACCUAGCAGUGGAGUAGGUGUCAGGUGUAUAUAUAUGAUGUAUAUAUGAUAGGGAGGCCUGUUCCCGCCCUUAAGGUAUAUAUGAUAUAUGUAUUUAUGUAUAUAUGUGUAUAUGUGUAUAUCUAUAUAUAUACACAUAUACACAUACAUAUAUGAAUGAUACAGAGGCUUGCUCCUGCCCUUAAGGUGUGUGUGUGUAUAUGAUCUAUGUAUGGUGGGGAAGCCUGUUUCUGCCCUUCAAGCACUGAGAGCUACCCACUCUCCACAUCUGCUGUCUCAAAGCCAGCUCAGUAACAGCAAAUACAAAAUAGCCAUUCCCUCUC